GGCGGGGGUUUCUAGAAGCGACAUAGAAGCAGAAAGCAGCAGCUUGAGGCCCCCAGAGAGGGGUUUUGCUGCUGCUUGGCGACUGCAGCAGGAAGCAGACCCCAGCAGCAGCAGCACGAACCUGGCAGCAGCAGCAGCAGACGUCAAAGCAGCAGCAGCAGCAGCAGCACCCCGCAUCUGCUUCGUGUCUUGCUACAUAACGCCUUCCCCCAUAAUAGGGCUAAUGCUGCUGCAGGUCCCCCGCUGCUGCUUCCUAAACCCGCAGCAGCAGCAGCAGCAGCAGCAGCAGCAGCAGCAGCAGCAGCAGCGGGAAGCAGCAGCAGCAGCACUUUGCAUGGUCCUCGAAGACGGGAGGCUUCAGGUGGUUUCUUUUCAAGGGUUUAAUUUGCUGUUCGACUUCAAACCCGAAGGAAAGGCAGUCCUGCAGGCAGCCACAGACAAGCGCGCCCAGGCUGCAGGUGCGUUGACUCAGCUGGAGGCCCUUUAUGGCUUAGGGGCCCCAGGGGGCCCCCAGGGGGCCCCAGGGGCCCCUCAGGGGGCCCCCAAGGGGCCCCCAUGGGCCCCUCAGGGGGCCCCCCGGGGGCCCCCAGGGGGCCCCCAAGGGCCUGGGGCAUUUGCUGUGUAUGGCUUUGGGGGCCCCUGUGAGAUGCUGCUGCUGCUGCGGCAGCAGCAGAUGCUGCUGCUGCGGCGGCGGCCGCAGCGAGGAAAAAGACGCACUCUGCUGCUGCAGCAGGCUGCAGCAGCAGCAGACCUCGCUGCUGCAGCAAACACUCGAAGCAGCGGAGGAGGAAGAGCAGCAGCAGCAGCAGCAGCAGCAGGAGCAGGAGCUUCCCAGUGGCCGCCCGCUCUGUGUUUCAAGCGGCGACCUGGAGCAGCAGCAGCAGCAGCAGCAGCAGCAGCAGCAGCAGCAGCAACUUGUGGCGAGGGGCCCCUAAGGAAACCUUUUCCCUCAGCAGGAAAACCAAACUCUCUCCUAAACCCUUUAGGGGCCCCCUUUCCCCCCAAUGGCGGAGUCGCUCAACCCCAGCAGCAGCAGCAGCAGCAGCAGCAGCAGCAGCAGCAGCAGCAACAGCGGCAACUCUUAAGCGGAGCAGCGGCAGGCAGCCCUUGCAGCUGCAGCGCGGCGCAACUGAGUCAUUGGACGCUGCAGCAGCAGCAGCAGCAGCAAGAGCAGCAGCAGCAGCAAAAGCAGCAGCAGCAGCAGCAGCAAAAGCGCAGCAGCUCAAGGCAGCAAACAGCCAACAGCUGUGGGGCCCUUCCCUCCGCUCUACCCCACGAGCUUUGGGGGGCCCCCAAAGGGGCCCCCCUGGGGGCCCCCAGGGGGGCCCCUCUGGGGGCCCCCUUGACAUCCCCACUAAGCUGCUGCUGGGGGUGCCCCCGGGGGGGCCCCCUGGGGACAACCCCUAGUACCCUUCCAGGAGACCCCUUGGGGGCCCCCUUGGGGGCCCCCUUGGGGGCCCCCUUGGAGGCCCCCCUAAGAAGCCCCCUAAGAGACUCUUUGGGGUCUCUUUAUGGGGCCCCCAGGGGGGCCCCUGAAGGAGCUUCUGAAAGAGAUUAUCGCUGGAAGUUUCCCCUGGGGGGCCCCCUGGAGGUACCCUUGGGGGCCCCCUCAGGGGGCCCCCUAGGGGGCCCCUCAGGGGCCCCCACAGGGGACCCACUGAGGGGGGGCCCCUCAGGGGCCCCCCUAAGCGACCCGUGGAGGGCCCCCCUAGGGGCCCCCUUGGGUACCUCCCUAGGGGCCCCUCUUAGGGGCCCCCUAGGGGCCCCUUCUGGGGGCCCCCUGGGGGCCCCCCUGUUAAGCAAACAGCUGAGGCCGAGGCCUCGCACAGCCGGUGCUGCUGUUGCUGCUGUUGCUGCUGCUGCUGCUACGUCGCCGCGCGCCCCGUCGCCAGCGGCGAGCUUGGUGCGCAGCAGCAGCAAAGCAGCAGCAGCAGCAGCAGCAGCAGCAGCAGCAGCAGCAGCAGGAGACAGGCGGCAGGCGGAAGAACGCACACUGGCUGCAUGCAGAAGAGCAGCAAAUAAACUAGAGAGACGCAUGAAGAGACUAGAGCGCCUCAGCAGCCACAGAGCAGCAGACCCUGCUGCUGCUGCUGCUGCUGCUGCUGCUGCUGCUGGGGAAGACACGCUUGCUGCAACGCUCGGCAGCUCCCUCCCCUAA